AUGGCGAACAUAGUGCUUAGAUAAUCAAUAUGGCGGCCGAGAUUUUCGGAGUCAGAGAAGACAGAAAGCGAGAGUCGAGGAAGGAGGAAGAAGACGAUGAAUCGUCAGAUAGUGAUUCAGAAGAAGGAACCCGUGUUGUGAAGGACGAAAAGACAACAUCUGAGCGUAAGCAUGAUCACAAGAAAAAGAAGAAAAAGCAUAAACACAAACACAAGAGUCAUAAGCACAAGCAUAAACACCACAAGAGAAGAGACAAGGAUCACGCUCCUGAAAACGGCGAACCUGCUGAGAAAAAGUCUAAAAUUGCAGACGAACUUUUGGAACUCGAGAAAAGGAAAGCGUUUUUACAGGAACAGCUGGCAGAAGCUUCUCGAAUUAAUGAGAAACAAUCAGCAGGAAAUCAUAGAAUUCCGGUGACUAAGACAGAUGAUGAAGUUAAAGACAAGCAUAGAGAUAGACAAAAACGGGAGGAUCAUGAACUUGACAGAAAGCAUAAGGUGAUUGAAGCGAGAGACUUUGAUGGCCAAGAAAAACAAAAGGGAAGACGGAAAAGCCCAAGAAGAGAAAGUGAUGGAAGAGAAGAUGGCAAGGAAAAUAGUAAGCCAAGCACUGAUUUUGUCAGAGAUGAAAAAUUGAACAAUCACUCACACAGUCACAGUUCUAGAAGACAUAGUGGUUCUUAUGAUAGCAAAACGGAAUCAAAAGCCAGGCAUGAUUCAAGUGUAAAAAGUAAUGAUGCUGAAAAGGAAAAACCUGCUGCUCCAAGGAGAGAUUCAACAAAAACUGAUGCAAGCAGAAAAGACAGUGAAACAAAAUCAGGAUCACUCAGACAUCAUUCAAAAUCUAGAUCACCAAAAAGAAGUUCUGUGUCUGACAAGGAACAAAAAUCAAGAGAGAGACCAAGAAAGUCGGGUAGUAGGUCACCAAGGAGAACUUUAUCCAAGGAAAGGAAAAGUAAACAGGAUUUAAGCAGAAGUAGCAGAUCUCCUAGACGACAGAGAAGGUCAUCUUCUAGAUCACAAAGACACAGCAAGUCACCAAAGAGAAGAAGCAGAUCUCCAAGACGUCGCAGUCGCUCACCAAGGAGGAGGAGUAAAUCUCCUGGACGGCGCAGCAGGUCCCGGUCACCUCGGCGGAAAAGACGUGACAAUGAUAAAUUCAAGGGAAGUUACUCUGAGGGGCAAGGUCAUAAGGGGGAUUCAGAUCCAGAUGUUGACCUCUACAACUUUGAGAUGGAUGACAAGGAAGAAGAUGAAGAUGCAAUUAUUGAGAAAAGAAGGCUGCAGAGAUUAGCCAUAUUGAAAAAGUACCAAGGCAGUGGCAUUUCAUCAAAUGCUCCGUCCACUGCCAACUCAGUUGUGUCUCAGUCUCCACCUGGAGAGAGAUCAGACAGUGAAGACAGUGACACUGUAGAAAAACAAGCCACUGAAGAUUUAGAACAGGAAAUAGCAUUGGCAAGUAGCAAAACAGAGAAGGAGCUGAGAGAUGUAAAGGACAACAUAGAGACAAAAGAAGAAAGUGAAACAAAAUCUGCUGUGGGGGACAUGUUUGCUGAUGAUGAUAUGUUCUCUGAUAAUUACAGUAGUCCUGCAAGGACUUUAAAGCUUGAGGCAGGAAAGGAAAAUCCUAACCUCACAGACAACUGGGAUGAUGCUGAGGGAUAUUACAGAAUUCGUAUCAGUGAAAUUCUCGACAAGCGCUACUGUGUUUAUGGUUACACUGGAGCAGGGGUGUUUGGAAAUGUUGUACGUGCAAGAGAUCAAGCAAGAGGAAACCAAGAAGUGGCAGUGAAAAUAGCCAGGAAUAAUGAGAUGAUGCACAAGACUGGCUUAAAGGAGCUUGAAUUUCUGAAGAAGCUGAAUGCAGCUGACCCAGAUGACAAGUAUCACUGUCUGCAAUUAUAUCGACAUUUCUUUCACAAGAAUCAUCUGUGUCUUGUAUUUGAAUCUCUGAGUAUGAACCUGAGAGAGGUUCUACGGAAAUAUGGUCAGAAUGUGGGACUUCACUACAAAGCUGUCCGUUCAUAUAGUCAGCAAUUAUUCCUAGCCCUGAAGCUUUUAAAGAAGACAGGUAUAAUCCAUGCAGACAUUAAACCUGAUAACAUUCUGGUGAAUGAAUCAAAACUGGUUGUAAAGCUCUGUGAUUUUGGAUCAGCUUCAUUUUCCUCUGAUUGUGAUAUAACUCCAUACCUUGUUAGUCGUUUUUAUCGAGCCCCAGAGAUAAUUAUAGGUGCAAAGUAUGACUACAGUAUAGACAUGUGGUCAGUAGCAACAACAUUAUUUGAGCUUUACACAGGAAAGAUUAUGUUCCCUGGGAAGACCAACAAUGAAAUGCUGAAGCUUAUGAUGGAUUACAAAGGGAAAAUACCUAACAAGAUGAUUAGAAAAGGAUCACUCAGAGAUCAACACUUUGAUGAAAACUGCAACUUCCUUUAUCAUGAGGUGGACAAGGUCACUCAAAGGGAAAAGGUUACAGUGAUGGGAGCCAUCAACCCCAACAAAGAAGUGGUUGAGUCUCUACUGGGCUACAAAAAACUGAAUGAGGAACAUAAACGUAAAGUCAUGCAACUAAAGGAUCUGCUCGACAAAUGCCUCAUGUUGGACCCAGUCAAAAGGAUCUCUCUCAAUCAGGCUCUCACACAUCCUUUCAUCACCGAAAAGUUUUUUUUACAGGAGGUACCUUAGUGCGAGUCGGCAACCAUUCCAAAGAGUAGAAAUACAUGUAAAUUGUACUGUAUUUCUCCAGUAUUUAGGGUAAUGCAAUUCUUGACAAUGAUUUGUGAUGCUCGAUCAUUGAAUUCUUAUAUUCUGUAAACACUCUGAUACUUAUCAAAAUACAAAUCCCAAUCUUACCUCUGUCCACCAGUUAGACUAAAGCAGGAUUUUUAUAGACCCAUUUCAGGUCUGUGCAAGUUAAUACGAGUUAAAAUAGGUGAACUGUGUGAAGCGCGGGAAAACGUGAGUGAUUAAGUCGCGAUUGGUUUUGGAUUCGAAUCUGACUGGUUGAGAAAAAGGCGCGAGUUUUCGGGACUAAUCGUAAAGCGAAUUAAAGCAAAACUAAAGCGAACCCGGAUUACUCUGACACUCAAUUGAACAUUGCUUUAUGCUGCUGAAACCGGGUUUAACUCCGGCAGUUUUGAGACAGUUGGCUGGUAGACAGCCGAUUUUGACUUCUCGGUAUUUUUGCUAAAUUGUAACAUAAAUGUGCGCUAUGUUAUUGUACUUUCAUUGCUAACGAUGUCUUCUCUUACAUAUUGCCUUUAUGCUGGUUGUACCAAUGAAUCCAUCCUUCGCAGUUAUUUGGUGAAAUGGAUGAAACAGAUGUUACCAUCUGAAUCAGAGGUGGUAGCGGUCAGUCUCUUGUAACCAAAGGUAUGUUUUGACAGCUCUUCUUUAAACUGGCAUACAACCCCUGUAUUUGCUUCUUAGUUUUUGCAGAGACACUUACCCCCGAUACCUUAUUUGCGUUUCUUUCACGUUAGCAAAGCAACGUUAGAGAUUUCGUCAGGGAAUCCUAUAUAGAGCUUCGCUCUCCUAAGAAAAACCUUAAGAGAACCAUAGCGAAAUUCGUUGAAUUACUGAAUUUUACAAACGGUCAAGUGCCGCACCCUUCCGUUAAACUCUUCAGCGCCGUAUCAAAUUUGCCGUAGUAUCAAGCAUUGUCCAUGAGCCAGCUUUAGUGGUACCCUUAGUAACGUGAUAUGCACAGCUUUCAACGUAGGAACGACUUUCAUCAGAGUGGAAUUUCUGUUUUCGUUGACUUUUGUCAUCUGCAUAUGCUUCAACGGAUUAAAUCUACCGUGUUCAUCAAUAUUUUUACCCAGCAGAGUGAAGAAUUGUCCAUGUGUUAUUGAUCGUACGAUCGAAUAGUCCUGGACAUUGCGCGAGCUUUUAAUCCUUUAACCCCUAAGAGUAUCUAGCAUCCAAUUUCUUCCGACAGUAUCAGCCUUGAAUCAAACAUUAAGGCCAGGAGAAUAAGGGAAAUGAUCAACAACUGAAGUUCUUGGUUGUUAAACAACCUCUCUCCUUGUCACCACCUUUGAAAAUGUACGGAGGCUAGUAUAGAGAAGAUGCAUGCUGAUGCUAGGGUGAAAAGGGUUAGGAAUACGCACCUAAAGAAAAUCAUACGACUUGAAAGGACAUUUGACUUAACAGUGUCAGAGG